AUGGAUGAAAAAUACCAAGAUCAUCGAUUUCGGACCAAUCGAUUAUCUGAACCAUUUUUAUUUUCAUCUUCUCAACAUCAAGGUGGGUUUGGUGUAUCGAAAAGUCCUCAUACUGCCCUUCAACUAUAUGGUCCUUGUUUAUCUCCUUUUGAAAAACAAGAAAUUCAAGAUUAUGAAGAUAUUUAUUUCGUGGGUCCUUAUGCUAGCAAGAUCCAAGCGCCACCACCACCACCACCACCACAAUCAGGACAAAAGAAUAAUAACAAUAAUAAUAAUUACGGUUAUGAUGAUGAACGUGGAGAUUAUUUGAUUGUUAGACGUGAUCAUCUGGCUUAUCGAUAUGAAGUUUUGGAAGAAUUGGGUCGUGGUUCUUUUGGACAGGUGGUGAAAUGUUUUGAUCAUAAAACAAAUACAUCUGUGGCCAUCAAAUUGAUUCGAAACAAGCGUCGAUUCCAUGAACAAGCAUUGAUGGAGGUUAAAAUCUUGAAAGAUCUGGUUACUUGGGAUCCUGAAGAUGCACAUCACAAUGUACGCAUGACUGAUUACUUUUACUUUAGAAAUCAUCUCUGUAUUGUAUGUGAAUGUCUCAGUAUCAAUUUGUAUGAAUUUAUCAAGAAAUAUGAAUACAAAGGUUUUACUGUCAGUCUGAUUAAAAGGUUUGCCCUCCAAUUAUUACGUUCACUAUGUUUGUUGUAUGAUCAUGGCGUUAUUCACUGUGAUUUGAAACCAGAGAAUAUCCUAUUGAAACAUCCUGCAAAGAGUACCAUCAAAGUGAUUGAUUUCGGUAGUAGUUGUUUUGCCAAUGAAAAAAUGUAUACAUAUAUUCAAAGUCGAUUUUAUCGUGCACCUGAAAUCAUUCUGGGAACGACAUACGACACAGCUAUUGACAUGUGGAGUUUUGGUUGUAUUCUUGCAGAACUGUACACUGGUAUUCCCAUCUUCCCAGGUGAGACGGAACAGGAACAAUUAGCAUGUAUUAUGGAAAUUCUUGGGGUACCUGACCCGUCUUUGAUUCAUCGUUGUUCGCGUCGUAAAUUAUUCUUUGAUGCCCACAAUCGCCCCCGUCCAGUCAUCAACUCUCGAGGUAAACAACGCCUUCCCAACGCCAAGUCUUUGGCCAGUGUACUCAGGUGUCAUCAUCAAGAGCCCUUGUUUUUGGAUUUCAUUGAACAAUGUCUACAAUGGGACCCCGAUCAUCGUUUGACUCCUUAUGAUGCCUUGCAACAUCCUUGGUUCACCUCAAGUUCCAAACCCUCUGUCACCGCCACUCCUACUAUGAUGCCCACCGCAACUGCAAAUACCUCGAAUACCACUGCAAUGACUUGA